AUGAACUCAAAAAUUAAAAUUGAAACUUUUGAGAAGAAUUUAGAGGUGAUUAGCAAAGCACAAGCAGGUGAUAUGUUGAAAUUUCAACGAGGUUUGCACAGUCAUUGGGGGAUUUAUACAGGAAAUGGUGAAAUAAUUCAUCGAUGGGAUCCUAAUGGUGAUAUGAGCAAUGCUCAAGUUUGGAAAUCAAAAAUAAACGAUAUAAUGGCGUACGAUGGUGAUCUUCAAAUCCACAAUUUUCUUGAUGACAAAAAAAAACCAUUACCAAUUUCAGUUAUUGUUGAAAAGGCUGAAAAUGCUCUCGGUACAAAAGGUUAUGGUUUACUUGACAAAAAUUGCGAACACUUCGUAACUGAAUGCCGUUAUGGUCAAGCAACUUCUCGUCAAGUAUGACCAAUUACAUUUUAAAUACAUUAAAAAGAUCAUUAUUAUAGGUAGAAGUAGGCAUUUCACUUUUUUUCGGAGGUGGAACAUUAAUCACAUUUGCUGUGAUUUUCGUUGUUUAUAUAUCAAGCGGCUGUUCCAUCAAUGAAAAAGAGAAUAAGAAGAACAAAAUUCAAAAGAAAAUAUGAAAACUGCAAUACGCAUGGUUCUUAAUUUUUUUUUUAACAAUUCCAUUUCUUUAUUUAUGUAACACUCUAGCGUGUUUAUGUGUCUCCCUUCAUCUUUACUUUAGUCGCUUCAUUCUGAUAUUCUCUCUCAUGCUCUCUAGUCUUUUAUUUAUAUGCGCUCCUAGGACCUUAGGAUCAGUUUCUUGAAUAAAAAAUAAAUAAAAAAUAUAUUGUUUGCUUUUAAGGAUUACUCAUACAAUUUGAUAAAGGUUUUGUGCACCAGUACCAAAAAAGAACAAUAGAAAUUAUUAAGCUACCUUCUUCUAAUUCUUUCGAUAUUCGAUAAGAAUUUGUGAUUUAUAUUAUUAGAUUUCUUGUCUUUUCGAUAACUGAGAAAGUUCAAUAGUUAUUUAUAAUCAUUAAUAUUUUAUAAUAAUAUAAUAUUAUAGACAAUCAAACAAAGUCAAUUUAGAGAAGACUUUCUAUUGAUAAUGAGUCGUAUAAUAAUAAAAGAAACAUCGAUUAACUUUGAAAAUUUAUUCGUUGAGAAGGAACAGUUGUUAACUAUAACCGAAAAAAAAGAUAAUAACAAUCAGCCACGAUAGCAAAUGAAUGAUACUAACUUCAAAUGGUCCUUGAGAACCAUCAUUAGGAACAGGAAAAUCAUGCAGAAAGAUAGUUGAUAAAGACAUUACGAGAAUUUCCUCAAGAAGUUUUCCGAAUUGAUAAACACAAAACAAGAAAAAUCUGUCAGGCUAUAUAUAUAUAUAUUGCAAUAAUCAUAGAUGUCGGUCAAAUACGUU